GAAAGCUAGUAAGUUUAAUUCCUAAAAAGGAAAGGAAUAAAGAGGAAAAGAAAAAGGAAGAAAGUGAGUUGCUAACUUAGAUCACUCAUUAUCAGCUUAAAAGCUAGCUUUUCCUCUACAGCUUAAAACCUGUGGAGAUCCCCCUCAUCGCUCAAUUCCAAAACCCUAGUAAGAUUUUAAUUUUCAGUUUUAUGUUAAUAAAAGCAUGUCGCCUUUUUUUGGGAGAUCGUAAACCCCCCUUAAAGAUACGCUUGAAAACAUUCAAUUUUGAGAUCGCGGAAGUAAUGGCGUAUAGGCGUAGCAUCAUAGCUAGAACUAAGUUGUUUUAUCAACAGCACCAGCGAUUUGCCCCUUCUUUUUCACAUAUGAGUGGUAGCGAUCGCGACGAAUUGCCUGUUAAAAGCAUUAACAAGAAUACUGAGAUCCGAAGCCAUUUUCGGAUUACCGGAAACAUUGCCAGCAAUUCCCUGCUACCAGGAAGUGUCUCUCGACUCAUGCGAUCUGAGUUUCGAACAGGCUAUGGGCUGAAUUUCCAGAGAAAUAUGUCGAAGUUGCCUUCGGACAUUGAGGGUCUACAUGACGCUGGGGAUCUGUAUGGUGCGAUCAGUGCUGUGGGGGAGAAGGCUGUGGAGGUAGCUCCUGUGGUGAAUGAAGCGGCCGUUGCAGCAGCAGAUUCAAUCAACUACCUGAACUUGAUUGAAGUUUUUCAUUGUUGCGCUGGAUUGGAAUGGUGGGCAUCAAUUGCUGCUACAACUCUUUUGAUGCGUUUCAUUUUUGUUCCUUCUCAAAUAUAUUUCCUGCAAUUCUGUUCCAAAAAUUUCACAGCUUUUGUAAAACAAGUACGUCACUUGCAAAUGUCUGAUAUUUCAAAUGAGAAUAAUGAAAAAGGUAAAGCUUGGAGAAAACUGGUGAGCAGUUACGACAAAUUACAUGGGAGGGGAUUGAUGGCAUCAGUAAUAUCGGGGAUCUGGUUUUACGUAUGGGUUUCAUACAUGGCAAACAAUGUUCCCUCUUUCACUACAGGUGGAACUUUAUGGUUCACGGAUUUAACAGCUUGUGGUCACACGGAUCUCCCAAUCCUUAUGGCAUUGACAUUGUGGCUUAGGUUGGAGUUGCACCCGUUUGGUUAUCUAGAAGGUGAGUCACCUUGCACGUCUCGUAACAUGUUAGUAGCUGUUUCAGCAUACCUUGCCGCUGUCGCUGGAGGGUUCCCCACGGCUGUAUACUGUUAUUGGUUGACCAGCAACCUCUUUUCAAUAGCAUUUGGAGCUGUGAUGAUGGAUCCUCGAGUUCGGAAAUUGCUGGGGAUAUCAUAUAAAUCAUCUGAAGCUGAUAAAUAGACGUACUGAGAGCUGCAGCUGCAUUUGGCCCAAAAUUUUAUUGUUGAAAAAUCAUUACCCUUUUGUGUUUCAUCAAUUUGAUAUAGAUUGUUGAUGCUUAAUUCAUCUGACACACACAAACACACACAUGAGUGUGGUAUGUUUUUCUCGUGUGAUAAUAUAUGCAAGGUUUCUACA